AGGAGGACUGCUAAGCAACAAAGAAGGUGGUGAUUGGCCCGAUUCUUGUUCAUGGGCUGGUGGCAAAUCUGACAAACCCUGUUGCUUUUGUUCUAAGCUCUAUCUGGGCACCUUUAGGAAAAUAAGCUUGUUAUUAUGUACUAAAGUCAAUAAUUUGUAUUCUUAGAGUAGGAGUUGGAACUAUAGACUGAAGGCAAGAGAAUACAUCGUAUCAAAAAUCUGUUCACUCACUUUCCCCAAAGCUCUCUUUAAAUUGAACUCAACUGCUCACCAUGACAGAUGUUCCAGUGACAUUCAGUAAGGUUGAGUGUAAUGGGGAUACACCACCUGAAAAAGGUCAACAACCGAUCACUAAAACCAAUGAGGAAGUCAGUGAUGUGGAUGGCACCCCACCAUUCUACCGGAUAGAACCUAGUCUUGAAGAUUUACCCACAGAAGGAAAUCAGGAGAAAAGUGAAAAAUUACAAGGGAACGUGCUGCUCAAGUGGUCCAUGGAUGAGGAGAGUCUAAAAGAAAAACCAGAAGAGAAUCUCUUUAUUGUUCAUAAGGCUAUCACAGACCUUUCUCUACAAGAAACAAGUGUUGAUGAAAUGACAUUCAGAGAAGGGCAUCAGUGGGAGAGGAUUCCUCUGAGCAGCAGUAACCAGAAAAUAAGUCGACAAAAGGAAAGGAUUGCUGAACAACCUCUAGAAGAAAGAAAAGAUGAGGGUAGGAAGAGCAAAGCUUAUCAGGCAACUGAGAUUGAAUGGCUGGGGUUUCGAAAACCUCACCAAGUUGAUGUGCUGCAUUCUAAACAUGACGAGGAGCAAGAAGUCUGGGAUGAAGAAAUUAACAAUGAUGAUGAUGAUGAUGAUUGCAAUGAUGAUGAAGAUGAAGUUCGAGUGAUAGAAUUUAAGAAAAAAACUGAAGAGGGUUCUCACUUAAAAGAGGAAGGUGAUGCAAGUGAGGACUCCCCACUGAGCAGCCCCAGUUCCCAACCUGUGACACCUGAUGAGCAGCCAACCUUUGGGAAGAAGAGUGAUAUCUCCAGAAGUGCUUAUUCAAGAUACAAUACAAUAUCCUAUCGGAAAAUCAGGAAGGGGAAUACCAAGCAAAGAAUUGAUGAAUUUGAGUCUAUGAUGCAUUUAUAAACUAACUGAAUCUGAGAAGUUUUCAUGCCCACUAAAGCAAAAGCUAAUUCUAUUUUCCUGAGAUGAAUCUUUGCAUGCUUUAUCUGAGUUAUCCCUUCUAAGGCUGUAGAAGCUUACUCUCUGUCUCACUGUAGAAUAAUGUGGAAAUAAUCCUAGAUAAGAUUCGGUCUGGUAAUCUCAAAUCAAACCUUUAGAGUGAUGCCUGGACAGUUGCUUCUUAAAACUUCACUAAUAUGACAUUAUUGAUAAGCACUAAACAGCCAGAACCCCUGGGGAGUCUGGCAUGAUCUGGCUUUAGAAGGAGCAGCGCUGAGGAACGUAGUCAUCAAUUGAAAGAGACCUAUUUGAAAUGAUUCCUAUAUUCCUUUUGGGGGUCUUUCUUCCUGUAUCUUGAGGGCUGACAAAAAGCCUGUUGUUAAAUCUUUCUUACUUUUAAACAUGAUUUUAUAGAGUCUGUCAAUAAACUUUUUAAAAUAC